CUUCCCCUGUUUCAAAUGGCCAUUAUCACCAUUCCUUCUCUUCUGUUCUUCUCUCUCUUCUCCUUCUCUUUACAAACAACUUAUGGAGAUUAUGGAACUUGGGAAGGUGGCCACGCCACCUUCUACGGUGGUGGUGAUGCUACCGGCACAAUGGGUGGAGCUUGUGGUUAUGGUAACUUGUACAGUCAAGGAUAUGGUACUAACACUGUAGCUCUAAGCACUGCUCUGUUCAACAAUGGCUUGAGUUGUGGAGCUUGUUACGAGAUGAGAUGUGAUUCUGAUCCUAAAUGGUGUCUCCCUGGAACCAUCACCGUCACAGCAACUAAUUUUUGUCCUCCCAACUUUGCUUUAUCUAACGAUAACGGUGGGUGGUGUAAUCCUCCUCUUCAACACUUCGACAUGGCUGAACCAGCUUUCCUCCAAAUCGCUCAAUACCGUGCCGGAAUCGUUCCCGUCGCUUUCAGAAGGGUGCCUUGUGCGAGGAAAGGAGGUAUAAGAUUCACAAUCAACGGCCACUCUUACUUCAACUUGGUAUUGAUCACCAACGUCGGCGGUGCAGGGGAUAUCCAAUCAGUUUCAAUCAAAGGGUCUAACACGGGUUGGCAAACGAUGUCUAGGAACUGGGGCCAGAACUGGCAGAGCAACUCUUACCUUAACGGCCAGAGCCUCUCUUUCCAAGUCACCACUAGUGAUGGACAAACAAUCACUAGCUAUAAUGUUGCUCCGGCCGGUUGGCAAUUCGGUCAAACAUUCGAAGGCAGUCAAUUCUAGACGACUCAUACCGGUCCGGUUCGACCAGUUUCCUCCUCUAAUUAAUGAGGGAGGAACUUGUAUAUCUUUUGGCUAUUGAUGCUGAGGUUGUUAUAGUAACACCCGCUGGGCCUUCUUUAUAUAUAGGAAAUAUAGUUAGUUAGGAAUCUAGUUAGGUCAGUUAUUGGUACCUCGUUGGUAGCUUUGUUGAAAAUUGAAAUCAAGGCCAAGUGUAUCCAA